AACUCGACUGAUAAACGGGGAUCACUUGGAUCAGAGCGCCUCAGCAUUGGCUCUCUCGGGAGAGAUCUCUCGAGCCCAACCCUCGCCCCACCGGUGGAACAAAGACCAAGACGCUAUAGCCACGAAAGAGACACGCAGUUUGAGGAAUACAUGGUUCGCAAGACCUCGGGCGGCUAUAAAUUCGACCCUACCUCGUCCAGCCCUCCUAGCGACUCACUACUGGGAGACUCAUUGACCGCGAUUGGCGCAGUUCAUUCCCGCUCAAGAGGGUCGAGUAUAUCGCAGACGAUGAGCUACACCAGCGACCACGUCUUAGUUUCGGUGCCAGAAGAGGAGGGCGAGAUGGUUGAAGUACAAAAGCAUGAGAUUUUGCCGGGACACGAUUCACCCAAGUGAAGGCAACAGCAGGAGACGCUGUGGAAUGUCCAGAUAACAGAACUGGGCGAGAAACAAGCUCAGCACGCACGUGGAGGAGGCUAGUUGGCCGUAAAUGAAGGAUACGAUACCCGGGUCAGGGAGGGAAUUUUGGCCCCUCGGAUAUGGUGGUGUACUGCACAUGGUCUGGCGUUCUGAUAUGGGUGGAACUUGCGGAGAAAUUGAUGCUAUGAAUUUAGAGAGCCGAACUGGAUAUAAGGAUAUAGAGUUACAAGGGAAAGCGAACCAGCCUCGUCCAGGUAUUUGGCGAGAGCUUGAGUUCCGCAGCCCGACGAUGGAUAUGCAUCGGAAUUAUGAAGCAAAAUUUCGUUU